AUAUAAGGGAAGAUGCAGCGGAGCGUUUCCUGUGCGGUGCAGAUACUGACUGUCCUGUUACAUCCCCCAAUGGGAAAAAACCCCGCAGUUUCUCUGCAAUGUCUGAAUCUGGAAUGAUUGGUGACUGUUGUUCCUCUCUCCUCAGGUUUCCCGCCUGCUUGGAGCAGUUAAAUCUCAGGAUCCCAUCUUCAGGAGAAUCUCCGACAUUCGGACGGUAACAUUGAUCCCAGGAGAUGGCAUUGGCCCAGAGAUAUCUAAUGCUGUAAUGAAGAUCUUUGCUGCUGCUGAUGCCCCUAUCCGUUGGGAGGAGAAGAAUAUUACAGCCGCACAGGGACCAAGUGGAAAAUGGGAAAUUCCUGCAGAUGCCAAGGUAUCUAUGGAUACAAACAAAAUUGGAUUAAAAGGACCUUUGAUGACUCCUAUUGCAGCUGGGCAUCCAUCAAUGAACUUGUUACUUCGCAAAACCUUUGAUCUUUAUGCAAAUCUGCGCCCAUGUGUAUCUAUUGAAGGUUUUCAAACUCCAUACACUGACGUAAACCUUGUCACAAUUCGAGAAAACACAGAGGGAGAGUACAGUGGCAUAGAACAUAUGAUUGUUGACGGUGUUGUGCAGAGUAUAAAGCUAAUCACAGAGACAGCUAGCAAGCGAAUUGCAGAGUUUGCUUUUGAGUAUUCCAGGAUCAAUAAGAGGAGCACAGUCACAGCCGUACACAAAGCAAACAUUAUGCGUAUGUCAGAUGGACUCUUUUUGAGGAAAUGUAGGGAAGUAGCAGAAAAUUAUAAAGACAUUAAAUUUACUGAAGUUUACCUGGAUACAGUUUGUCUGAAUAUGGUCCAAGACCCAUCACAGUUUGAUGUGCUUGUAAUGCCUAACCUCUAUGGUGAUAUUCUUAGUGAUUUGUGUGCAGGACUUAUUGGCGGCCUUGGAGUAACGCCAAGUGGCAAUAUUGGAGCAAAUGGAGUUGCUAUAUUUGAAUCUGUUCAUGGUACAGCACCAGAUAUUGCUGGGAAGGAUAUGGCAAAUCCCACUGCCCUCUUGUUGAGUGCAGUUAUGAUGUUGCGGCACAUGGGGCUCUUUGAUCAUGCCAGGAAAAUUGAGUCUGCCUGCUUUGAAACUAUUAAGAAUCAGCAGGUACUGACCAAAGACCUCGGUGGUAAUUCCAAAUGCUCUGAGUUCACACAGGAAAUCUGCAACAGAGUGAGGGAUAAAGAUUGAAUCAACUUCUUGUUUGCCUCAUCACGUUGGUUCAGCUCCAAAACAGAAUCCUCUCACAGAUAAUCAACCUAUAGCCCAGAAAAAAAAGGGUUUCUGUAUUAGGUCUUUAAAAUCUUGUGUCAGUUUGCAUUCAUAUACAAAAUCUAGAAAUUGCUGUAUUUAAUUUCAUUCCCAUGCUUUAUUUAUUGUUUGAAAAAUGUUGAUCGAGGUCCAAAGCAAAAUGAGCUGCUGUUUUUUUUUAAAAAGGAAAGUUGAGGGAAAAGUUGUACAUGAAUAUUUUUCAUUGUUUAUUUUACAUUAAUUUCAACAGAAUAAAAGUUAUUCC